UGGCUUGAACUCAUUUCUGAGGCUUUACAGUAUUUUCUCUCACAGUUUGAAGGAAGGGUCAAAGAUGAUUGAGUUGGGCCUUGUUGACGGCAACCUUAUCGAUGAGCUGAUGGAGCUGACAGCUCAGAGCCUCAGUCACAGAGAGAUCCAGGAACACUUCAACGUCAUCAAGGAGAUCGGCCGAGGAAAAUAUGGCAAAGUGCUGCUGGUCACACAUCGCUUCAGGGGAACUCCCAUGGCCUUGAAAGUGAUGCCCAAAGCCUCAACUAAGCUGCAGGGCUUCCUGCGAGAGUACUGCAUCUCCUUACACUUGUCCUGCCACCCUUGUAUUGUGGCUUUUGGCAUUGCCUUCCAGUCUAAUGAGUACUACUGCUUCGCCCAAGAGCUUGUCAUUGGAGAAUCUGUUGCUGUCAUCCAGCCAAAGGUGGGCAUCCCUGAAUGCUCAGUCAAACGCUGUGUCCUCCAGAUCGCCAGUGCUUUAGAGUUCAUCCACAGUCAUGGUCUUGUCCACAGAGACAUUAAACCUGAGAACAUCCUCCUGCUGGACAAUCAUUGCUGCCAAGUCAAGCUGGCAGACUUUGGCCUGGCUCAGAAGAGAGGCACUCUGAUACGCUUCAUCACAGGAACCCUACCCUAUAUGGCUCCUGAGCUUUGUGCCGUGGCCUUGCUAGAAGGCCAGAAAGAAGUCACUACCCCUCCCCUCAGUGUAGAGCCAAGCCUGGACACUUGGGCAUUUGGUGUAGUUAUCUUCUGCAUCCUUACAGGAUAUUUCCCCUGGGAACGCUGCAUGGAUUCUGAUGAUUUCUACCAGGAGUUUGCCGACUGGUGCACAACAGGCAAAAAGCUUGAUGUGGAGGAGGACUUUCCUCCGUUGUGGAAACGGUUCACUGCCCAAGCCAUGGAGAUGUUUAGUAAGCUCCUGGACCUGGAUGCAGAUAAGAGGUGUACAGUCGGGGAGGUAAGAGCAUAUGUGGGUAAGGACUGGCUUAAAAAGGCACCUGGGACUGGACAGCAGUAGAUAUCAGGAAAUGUCAGCAAGUCUUCCCCAGCUACCCAGAACAGUUCUGAGCAAGGAGGAACAGCAUAAUUAUCUAGCUGAUUUAUAAGCAUAGGUUUUGCAGUGCUAGCAUUGUGCAGACUGGAAAUAAAGUAGAAGAGUACAGAACAAGAUACACUCAAGCUUUUAAAAGUGAUUAGACUCCACAAAUGCAGCAAAAACUGCAAUGUUAAAAUUUGAGGGAAACAUGAGUUGAUUUUAAGUAAUAAAGAGUUCAUUUAUUGUUGAGCACUGCAACAUGGCAGAGUUCUUUCUCAGAUUUGGCAAUAUCAUGCUGAAUUCAACUCUCUGGAUGUUGUGUAUAACUCUCUGUUUUUGGUAUGGCAGUGCCAUUGUCUCAGUACUAGAAAGUUGUGGGUUCAAACCCUACCUGAUGUAUGUACACUCUAUAUGAGUACAUAUAACCAGUGUUAAAAUGUGUUAUAUACUGCUUUGGUAGUUACAAAUUUUAACUCUGGCUGAGUGUGAAACAUUUAAGUCUAUAGUGUUAUUUUAACUCUGGAAACCAUAGAGCUAUAUAUGUGUUACAAUUCAUAUUUUGUAAUUCAUGAACAAAUGUAUUUUUGUUUUUCUUAGUUUCUAUGUCAAACUCACUUUAUACACUUUUUUCCCAGUGGUGAACACAGUUCUCUAACGACUAAUUAUCAAAGCUAAUGUUUUCAUUAUCGCAUUAGCUUUUCAGAUAACUUUAAAAAUCAUCAAUGGACCAAUUAUCUUCCGAUAUCCUCUGCAAUCAGAGAAGACCUGCUUACAAGAUAACUGCUCAACACCAUACUAACUCACCAGCAAUA